UGUGAAGGAACCUCCCACCCUGCAUUGCAUAUAGUCUCCAGUCUGGGUGUGGACGCUGAGGCAAGACCCUGCAGUACGCACUCUCUUUUUCAGCUCCACUUGAUUCUCUUUAUCUGCAAAGAUGGUGAAAGGUAUGAUCAUCAAGGAUAUGUCCUUCAAAGUUGGACAAACCCUGACUAUAGUUGGAUUAGCAAAACCUGAUGCUACAGACUUUGCUGUCAAUAUUGGCCCUGAUGAGCAGGACAUCACGAUGCACAUUAACCCUCGUUUUAACGCCCACGGAGACGAGAACGCAGUCGUCUGCAACUCCUAUGAAGGGGGCAACUGGUGUGAGGAGGUCCGUGAGGGAGGCUUUCCUUUCCAGCAAGGAGAAGAGUUCGAGAUCAUCAUUAAAUUCACUCCCGCUGAGUUUGUCGUGACCUUAUCCAACAAGUUCUCACUCCCGACUCGUCAUGACUCUACAAUCCACUUUGCCAACCGCAUGCGUGCAGAGAAGUACUCAGUCAUCAGCUUUGAAGGAGAUGCUCGCAUCCAGAGCUUCAAAAUCAAGUAAACCUCCAUGUUCUGAAGAGUAUCUGAACUGGCAGUUAGAUACCACAUGUACCGCUUGCUUUCAAAAUUCUCCAAACAUUUGUUU